UCUUUCUCCUCCACGUACGUAAUUGCUGACGUGCGCUGCCGCGCCUGCACAUUUCUUUUCUAUGUAUAGGAACAUGAGGCGUUGAAGGCGACAAGAAGAAGGACCCGGCCGGCCAGCUGCGUACGUAGUGCACGGAUUGUUGCGCAGGCGAAUCGGGGCGUACGUCGUAGGCAGGCGUGCAAGCCACGAACGUACGUCGACGACAAUGGCGGCGGCGCACGUGCUGGUGUUCCCGUGCCCGGCGCAGGGCCACAUCAACUGCAUGCUCCAGUUCACCGCGGGCCUCCUCGCCGCCGGCCUCCACGUCACCUUCCUCCACAGCGACCACAACCUCCGCCGGCUACGCCACGCCAACAACAACAACAACAACGAGUCUACUGCCGCUGCUAAUUCUUCCCCGAGGCUCCGGUUCAUGUCCGUGCCUGACGGCCUCCCCGACGACCACCCGCGCUCGGCGGGCAACCUCGUCGAGUUCAUGGAAUCCAUGUUCGCCAAGACCAGCGUCGCGUACCGCGCUCUCCUAUCCUCCUUGCGCGCGCCGGCGCCUCCACUCGACGCCAACGACGACGGCUUAUUAUUCCCUCCCGUGACCUGCGUGGUGGCCGACGGGAUGCUGCCGUUCGCGAUCACCGUCUCCGAGGAGCUCGGCGUCCCGGCGCUGGCCUUCCGCACGGCCAGCGCCUGCAGCUUCCUGGCCUACCUCUCCGUCCCCGACCUCGUGGCCCUCGGCGAGGUUCCCGUCCCGGAAUCCGCCGACCUCGACGCGCCGGUCCGCGGCGUGCCAGGGAUGGAAGCCUUCCUCCGGCUCCGAGACCUGCCGAGCUUCUGCCGCGGCAGAAGCGACCCGGCAGGCACGGCAGACGGGCUCGACCCCAUGCUGCGGAUCCUCGUCGACUCCGUCCCGCAGAGCCGUAACGCGCGGGCGUUCAUCCUCAACACCUCCGCCUCUCUGGAGCGGGACGCGCUCUCCCACAUCGCGCCGCACAUGCGGGACCUCUUCGCCGUCGGCCCGCUCCACGCCAUGUUCCAGGCGCCGGGGGCCGGCGGCGCGCUGUGGCGCGAGGACGACGCGUGCAUGCGCUGGCUCGACGCGCAGGCGGACGGCACCGUGGUCUACGUCAGCCUGGGCAGCCUGGCGGUGAUCUCGCUGGAGCAGUUCACGGAGUUCCUCUCCGGGCUCGUCAACGCCGGCCACCCUUUCCUGUGGGUGCUCCGGCCCGACAUGGUGGACGCGAGCCAGAACGCCGUGCUCCAGGACGCCGUGAAGCAGAGCAAAGGGUGUGUGGUGGAGUGGGCGCCGCAGCGGGACGUGCUCAGGCACCGGGCCGUGGGGUGCUUCCUGACGCACGCCGGGUGGAACUCCACGCUGGAGUGCGUGGUCGAGGGCGUGCCCACGGUGUGCUGGCCCUUCUUCGCCGACCAGCAGACCAACAGCCGGUUCAUGGGCGCCGUGUGGGGGACGGGGCUGGACAUGAAGGACGUGUGCGAGAGGGCCGUCGUGGAGAGGAUGGUGAGGGAGGCGGUGGAGUCCGGCGAACUGAGGAGGUCGGCUCAGGAGCUGGCGAGGGAGGUGAGGCGGGACAUCGCUGAAGGGGGCUCGUCGGCGACGGAGUUCAGACGGCUGGUUGAGUUCAUCAUUGAGCUCAGCGUCGGCGUCAGCACGCUGGAGACCACAGAGUCCGAAAACGAAUAGCCACAGACUGAGGAUUCGCUGCGCUGUCGUUCGUGGUGGCUUUGGCUCACCAAUCGGGCAGUGUACUGUACUCAAUUGUCGUCCCAAGAGGCUGAGGAUUCGCUGCGUUGUCGUUCUCGCUGGCUUGGCUGACCAAUCCGGGCAGUGUAUCAAUUAUCGGCCCAGUUUCCAGUUCAUCACGUCCAACUUCCAACCAUAUUCGUCUCUUACUUGUCGGAAAAUAAACUAUGGUGUCGCUUGGAUGAAGAAAGGAAAGUUUGCUCAA